UUUCUGCACACUGAAAAGAAUAGAAGAGUUUUCCAGAAUUUCAUCUAAUCUUACACCCUAGCCUACAACAAAGUUCCUGUGCUGAAAACCAGAAAAAGAAAUCAAACACAGUUACAAGAGGAGGGAUAUUUGGCUAAGCAAUAUUACAAACGGAGAAGAAUUAGCCACUCGAAGCAAUGGUUGAUAACAUCAAGGAAGAAACAUAAAGAACUGUGGUCAGUGUGACACUUUGUUGUACUGAAAAUUGGGAACAAGUAUCUGAAACCCCUGAAUAACCAAACUGUCAACCUGGUAGUUGAGUAAAUGGCUAACCUUCCACCUGGGAUUCAUCUCCUCACUUCAUUUACUAGAGACCAGUGGUACAGAGCUUUCACCUUUGUCUUGACUUUUACACUGUAUGUUAGUUUCCACUUGUCACGGAAGCCCAUCAGUAUCGUUAAGGGAGAACUGCAUAAGCACUGUACUACCUCACACGUUAUUGACAAAGAACAUGCCAUCCAGAUUCAGCCUAUUAAGAGGUUAUCUAAUGAGUCACACUGCGGCUGGGAGCCAUUUGGUGACAAGAAUAGCACAGAGUACGGCAUGGGGUUUGUUUAAUAUGGAUUAAAAAUAAAUCUCUCUCUUGCCUUAUUCCAAAGUGGCGUAAUAGGAGAGCGUUUGCCUAUCCGAUAUUAUCUCACAGGAGGAAUGUUUGCCAGUGGACUCUUCACUGCAAUGUUUGGGUUUGGCUAUUUCUACAACAUACACAGUCUGUGGUUCUACAUUGUGGCUCAGAUAGCUAACGGUUUUGUGCAAACCACUGGCUGGCCGAGUGUGGUUACCUGCAUUGGCAACUGGUUUGGGAAAGGAAGGAGAGGACUGAUAAUGGGAUUGUGGAACUCUCAUACUUCAGUAGGGAAUAUUUUGGGAUCUUUAAUAGCUGGCUACUGGGUGUCUACUUGCUGGGGUCUGUCGUUCAUUGUGCCUGGCAUUAUAAUAUCUCUAAUGGGGAUCGUCUGUUUCCUGUUUCUUAUUGAACAUCCUAAGGAUGUGAACUGUGCAAGUACAUUGUCAUCCAGUGAUUCAAAAAGUUAUUUGAAUGGGUCAAAUAGAUUCAUCGUUCUGAAACCAAAAUUAAUAACUAUGAAAACAAGCACAUAUGAGGAUCCAGAGAUGCACUGCCUGCUACCUGACAAUGAGAACUGCACAAAACCACUGCAUCAUAACAAUGAAAUAUUGGAGGGACUUGAAAAAGGAAAGUCUGCUAUAAGUUUCAGUGGAGCUUUGCGAAUACCUGGAGUGGUAGAAUUCUCUCUCUGCCUGCUAUUUGCUAAACUGGUCAGCUAUACAUUUCUUUUUUGGCUUCCACUAUACAUCACAAACGUAGAGCAUCUUGAUGCCAAGAAAGCAGGUGAUCUUUCCACACUAUUUGAUGUUGGAGGAAUCUUUGGUGGAAUUUUGGCAGGUAUAAUUUCAGAUCGACUGAAAAAGAGGGCUACAACAUGUGGCAUGAUGCUAUUGAUUGCUGCCCCCACACUGUAUUUGUUCUCUGCAAUCAGUAAGAUGGGCUUUGAAGCCACCAUAGUUAUGCUGCUCAUCUGUGGAGCUCUUGUAAACGGCCCUUAUGCAUUGAUCACAACAGCUGUCUCGGCUGACUUGGGUACCCAUAAAAGCCUUAAGGGAAAUGCAAGAGCCCUAUCUACUGUUACAGCCAUCAUAGAUGGAACAGGUUCUGUUGGUGCUGCUCUGGGGCCUUUGUUGGCAGGUCUUCUCUCCCCCUCUGGGUGGAAUAAUGUCUUUUAUAUGCUGAUGAUAGCAGAUGCCUGUGCCUUAUUAUUUUUGCUUCGCCUUAUACGAAAAGAACUUCAGUGCAGUCUGGAUCAGACACUGUUUAAAGAACACUGAAUAUCUGGCAAGGAGUAAAGACUGUGGUUAUGAGAUCUGAAAUAAUUAAAGACGUCGCCUGUGGUCCAGAAAGCCUAUUCCCUCCCAUUGCUUAACAAUAAAGUUAGCAGUGGGAGUGGGAGAUUCAUAUUGCACAUGUUUCUCUGGAUCCUUGUCUUUGUGAAAAUACCUGCCUGCGUUUGAAUUAAAGUUCCUGAAAUGCCUUGCCCAGUUAUGCGAAGAAGGCUUAGAAAUUCAACACUCUCUUAGCUCAUUUUAUUUUGCACAUGAACUGUUAUCUCAGGAAGGUGAAUGUCCUCAAAGAAAGAAGCUGCUAGCUAUUUUAUGGCAGAAAUUGAGCCAAAGAUAUUGUGCCUUUGUAUUCAGAUUUUCUUAAGCAAAUUUAUGCCACAUAGUUCAUUUUAUUUUUUUAAUAGAAUGCAAACAGAUCAGAAGCCAAAAGGAGGUAAGAAAAGUAAUUUACUUUGGAUCGUUGUUCAUAGUAGGUUAUGAAGAACUGAUAAAAUGCUGAGCAAAGUGUCUUUCACAUUAUGUCUACUUUUGCCAGAAUCUACUGUGAUAGAAGUAUGUGCUACUGAUUUUGUUAAAAGAAAGCACGUUGUCCCUGUUAUUGCUGCUAGUAACUCAAUUUUCACACUGUACAGCUGCAAUGUCCUCUGCUAGUUCAAAAGCCAUCAGUUGCACACUCACAAAGCCAUCCUGUUGCUUUCUCUCUCUCUUUUUCCCACCUAAAUAUUUUUCCCAUGCUGGCUAUCUCUUUUUUCCUCCCCCCAUACGAUGCAGUACACACCCCAGCACUUGGCCUAGAACUCAUUAGAUACUUAAAUAUUUUAUUUAGAUGAAUAGUCCCAGAAUCCUCCAGCAAACAUGGCUGGUCCAAAUACAACUGAUCCAAUGAUUUACAUUGGGAUAGAAAUAGCAAGAGAAAUUUAGACAGCCACCUGGCAGAUCUGCUUUGCUUUGUAUUCUUGCAUUGAGGAGGGGGUUGGACUCGAUGGCCUUAUAGGCCCCUUCCAACUUCAUGAUUUUAUGAUAAGCAUCCAUGCAAAAAUGUUGUUUCUAGCUUGCACUGUUUUGAUAAGAGGAUGACAAAGAUGUUCCAUAAAACGUUUUUACGAGACAUAUUUUAUGUGCAGAGGCUUUAGUAGUAUUCAGUAUGCAUAUUGCUAAUGUGUAUUUAUUAAACGUAAUUAUCUUA